CCAAAUACCAAUGGCAAUAAAUUGGCAAGUCGCGCCGUGUGACAGUGAGAUAAAUUAUUUUUUCAACGCAAACCUUAAUUUUUGUUUACGUUUAUUUCCUAUUUAUAUAAUUGUAAGCAGUUGUUGGAAGAGGAGAUCACCAUGCCUCGAUACCAUACAGUAGAAAUUAAUAAAACAGAAUGGAUUGUACCUGAGAGAUAUCAAAUGCUUACACCUGUGGGUUCUGGCGCUUACGGACAAGUUUGCUCUGCCAUUGAUACUUUGCAUAAUAUGAAAGUGGCCAUCAAAAAAUUGGCAAGGCCCUUUCAAUCAGCUGUCCAUGCUAAGCGAACAUACCGGGAACUGAGGAUGUUAAAACAUAUGAAUCAUGAAAAUGUGAUUGGCCUUUUAGAUGUAUUUACUCCGGAACGAGGCUUAGAGGAGUUCCAACAAGUUUACUUGGUAACACAUCUGAUGGGUGCAGAUUUAAAUAACAUAGUUCGCACUCAAAAGCUUUCAGAUGAACAUGUUCAGUUCCUUGUCUAUCAAAUUCUAAGAGGUCUCAAGUAUAUACAUUCGGCUGGAAUUAUUCACAGGGACUUGAAACCUUCAAACAUCGCUGUAAAUGAAGACUGUGAACUUAAAAUAUUAGAUUUUGGUUUGGCUCGACCAACCGAGACAGAAAUGACGGGUUAUGUUGCCACAAGGUGGUACAGAGCACCAGAGAUCAUGCUCAACUGGAUGCACUACAAUCAAACAGUUGACAUCUGGUCUGUCGGAUGCAUCAUGGCCGAACUACUGACCGGCAGGACUCUGUUCCCUGGCACAGACCAUAUUGAUCAUCUCACAAGAAUAUUAUUUUUGUGCGGAAAACCAGAACAAGAGACGAUUGACAAAAUAAUAAGCGAUGAGGCACGUAAUUACAUCCAAUCGCUGCCUACACUGAAGAGACGUGACUUCCGCGAAGUGUUCCGCGGCGCGAACCCGCUCGCCGUCAAUCUGCUCGAGCUCAUGCUGGAGCUCGACGCUGACAAACGCAUCACGGCGGAGCAGGCGCUGGCGCACGAGUACUUGUCGCAGUACGCAGACCCCACGGACGAGCCCGUGUCGGCGCCCUACGACCAGAGCUUCGAGGAUAUGGAGUUGCCCGUUGACAAGUGGAAAGAACUAGUAUGGAAAGAAGUAGUGGAGUUCAAGCCGCAUCCGCAGCACAUGAAUACGGUGAUCGAAGUUAACCCCUCGUAAUCUACAUAUUAUCGUAUUAAAAAUAUAUAGGCCAUAGGCCAUUUUAAUUAUUGGACUAGACGUAAUAAAUGGAGCAGGCGUCCGGAUUACUUUAUAAUACAGAAAAAAAACUAUUCUCAUAGAGUAUUACUAAUACGCCAAUGUAUUCUCUAUAAAGGUAAUAUAUUUUAAAUUUUUUGUUGAUAUAAAAUCAUGCCCGUUCAAUCAAACUGUGAACCCGCUAUAAAUAAAAUUAAAAUUAUAAAAUUUCUGAUAAGGGGAGCAACUAACCCGGAAGUCUGUCUCCGUUAUCAAAAGUCAAUUCUUAUACGUAUUGAUUAUAUGAUGUUAUUAAAUAACACUUUUGUGUCGGUCAGUAUGUAACAGUAUAAAUAAACUUAAAACUUCUACAACGAUCGCAGCCUUACUUGUCUAUGGACGCUUAUUAUAAUUUCAUAGACACUUUUUUAAUAAGUUUAUUCCAAGUACGUAUAUCAAAAUAAAAUAAGUUGUCUUAUUAAAAUUUAUUGUAGAGUUUAUUGAAAACGAUGAAUUUCGUAUUUUAUCUUUUAAGUAAUAUUUAUUCUUUUGCCCAUUAAUGAGCUUUGCGUUAAUUAUUUGUAUUUUAUUUUAAUCUUAGUGAUUUAAAAACGAUCUAAGAGCUUUAUUUACUACUUACACUAUUCAAUCUGUUUUUUUUUUUUAUAUUAUAAAACUAUUUUAUAAUUUUAGGGCUAUUUUAUCUGUUUGGAUAAAUUUUAAAAGCAUUGUCAUGGAAAUUUGCCUAAUGUAUUAUUGAGCACUAAAAUGCAGUUUAAAAUAUCUUACGCUUUGUAUUGCUUUUCGAAAAUAGGUAAAAAGUGCAAUAACAUCGAACUUAUUGUCAUUAUAUAAUAAGAAAAAUGCAUACUGGAAAAUACCGUCCAUCUUAGAUGGCUAUCAUUAUUGCUCAUUUUUUUUUUAAAUAAGUUUAAGAAAGUAAAAAUAUAUAUAUUUUAUAAUUGUUUUAUUAACAGGUUUAAAAACCGAUUGCCAUAAUCAGAAAUGUUACCCUUCAAUUAAUUGCCACAUCAAGUACAACUCCGUCACAAUAGUUGCAAACACCUGUGGCGCAAAUCCUUAAUUUAAAAUAUUUUCAUGCGAAGUGUACAUGGCGUUGUUGUAUUCGAUGUGCGACGUGCAAACAAGUUUUAUCUUGUUAUUGUAAUGUAUUGUUAUUUUGACUUAAGUUUAGUAUUUGAAUGAAUAUAAGUUUACCUCGAA